AACACAACGAACAAAUCACAGAACAGAAGGGUCAAGGGAGAAGAAGCAAGCAGCCACAGCACAACCCACAACCAGCGCAAAACAACACACCAAAAACAAAUCCCCACUGCCAAAAGGGCUCAACAAGAAAAAGAAAAAAAGGUUUAGAUUUUAGAAGAGCAGCAAGGGCAGAAAACAAAAGGGGAGCAGACAGCACAAACCCCCAAUUGAUCUCAGAUUCAGAAAAUACACAACUCCAAAUACCCACUGCCCAAAAUCACCUUUUCAAGGUUUUUGAUCCUUCCCCAAUCCCCAAUGACCCACCGAAGGGUUACAAGUUGGAGGAGCACUUGGUGGAACUUUCUGGCCUGUUGACUAUGAAACUGUUUUGAUUGAAUCAUUAGUCUGCAAAGUUGGAUGGAAUAAUUGAGCGGAGCAAAAGUUGGCACAGUUUUAGAAGAUUUGAACAUUAGUUAGAACAUCCCCUUUCUAAGUUAUUUUUUUUAUAGCUGGGAUGGGCUGCGAGUGUUCAAAGCUCUCCUCAUGUUGUUGGAAUUCAGAAUAUAAUGAAGCAGUUCCUCAGGACCACAGAGAAGAAAAUGAGGAGAAGGGUGAAGCUGACGACCUGCCUGCAUUUCGCGAAUACUCCAUUGACACAAUCAGGAUGGCAACUUCUGGUUUUGCAGUGGAGAAUAUAGUUUCUGAACAUGGAGAGAAGGCUCCUAAUGUUGUUUAUAAGGGAAAGCUUGAUAAUCAGAGGAAGAUUGCGGUCAAACGCUUCAAUAGAUCAGCUUGGCCUGAUUCCAGGCAGUUUUUGGAUGAAGCAAGAUCAGUUGGGCAGCUCCGAAAUCAUAAGCUGGUUAACUUACUCGGUUGUUGCUGCGAGGGAGAAGAGAGGCUUCUUGUAGCUGAAUUUAUGCCGAAUGAUACCCUAGCAAAGCACCUAUUUCAUUGGGAAGCACAACCAAUGAAAUGGGCAAUGCGACUGAGAGUGGCUUUAUAUUUAGCUCAGGCCCUGGAAUAUUGUACGAGCAAAGGCCGUGCUCUUUAUCAUGAUCUGAAUGCUUAUAGAAUUGUUUUUGAUGAUGAAGCAAAUCCUCGACUUUCAUGCUUUGGUCUGAUGAAGAACAGUAGAGAUGGAAAAAGUUACAGUACAAACUUGGCAUUCACUCCUCCAGAGUAUCUAAGAACAGGUAGAGUAACACCAGAAAGUGUGAUUUAUAGCUUUGGCACCCUUUUGCUUGACCUCCUCAGUGGAAAACACAUUCCUCCAAGCCAUGCACUGGACUUAAUACGAGACCGGAACAUUCAAAUGCUGACAGAUUCCUGCCUGGAAGGCCAAUUCACCAACGAUGACGGAACUGAGUUGGUGAGGUUAGCUUCUCGAUGUCUACAAUUUGAGCCGCGAGAGCGACCAAAUCCCAAGUCAUUGGUUACUGCUUUGAUUCCUCUUCAGAAGGAAACUGAGGAACUUAGGGCAUUGAUUGUGCAGGUUCCUUCACAUGUAUUGAUGGGUGUACCAGAUGUUGCUGCAGCCGUACCUCUGUCACCCCUUGGCGAGGCUUGCUUAAGAAAUGAUAUGACUGCCAUACAUGAGAUCUUAGAAAAGAUAGGGUAUAAAGAUGACGAAGGUGCUGCCACUGAGCUCUCGUUCCAGAUGUGGACCAACCAAAUGCAGGAUACACUAAAUUCAAAGAAAAAGGGUGAUGUUGCCUUUCGGCACAAGGACUUCAAAGCUGCCAUUGAAUGCUAUACCCAGUUCAUAGAAGUGGGGACAAUGGUGUCACCAACAGUGUAUGCACGAAGAAGCUUGUCUUACCUGAUGAGCGACAUGCCACAAGAAGCCCUGAAUGAUGCAAUUCAAGCCCAAGUGAUAUCCCCCGUCUGGCACUUUGCAUCUUACUUGCAAGCUGGUGCUCUUUUCGCCCUGGGAAGAGAGGCUGAAGCACAAGCAGCUCUGAAAGAAGGAUCAGCCCUCGAAAGUAAAAAGACUCCAAACUCAUAAUCAAUCAAUCCAGCAGUUAAAAAAAUCCAAAAUUUGCUGUAUUUGGUUGAGAGUGAGAGAGCACAAGCAUAGUUUACCACCAAGGGUAGGGUGGUUCAAAACCUGUGCUUCGUUUACCUUUUACCUUGUUAACCUCACAUCGAAACGGUGGAGUUGCGCUCUGAAUCAUCUGCAUAUAGUUGGUUGCUUCGGUUGGGGUAAAAAUGAAGAGAAUUCUUUCGUCAGAGAUUGGGAUUGUGGUGGGUUUAUAUCAGUCAGUUUAUCUUCUUGUAAUGCUGGAUCUGGAGAUAUGAAGAUGGACUGCCUGGCCCUGGAUUCUCUGAGACUCUUAUUUUUUUCCCUUUUUCUUUUCCUGACCUUUUUGUUUCUGCUCCUUUUCAUUUGCAAGAAUCCUAAGAAGAAAAGAUAAUAUAUUUGGAAGACAUUCUUCGGACUGGAGUACAUGUUUGUAGAGGUUUUCAUUUUUUGUCUUAGAACUUUGUAUUUCACCUGAAGAUGAUGUUUCUUCUAGAUGCUGAAUACAGCAGGAUGGUGGUUUCUCUUAAUUCAAAAACUUAUGAAAUCUUAUGUAAAAUGCUAUUAUUGGUUUUGUGGCUAUUGUCAGCUGUCAUAUCAACUCCUGUUUGCUUCCA